GCAGCGGAUGGUCGAGAUGAAGCGCCACAGCCGUGGCAGUCGUGUUUUCUCCGAUGAGGACAUGACUUUCUCUUUCACCCCGCCGCUGCGCACGGCUGUUGGAACGCUGAUUACGUUUGAAGAGGUGCCGGAUGAAAGGGAUUUGAGCGGUUCUGCAGGUAGGGAUUUAAGCGUCGAUUCUACUGCCAGCCCCGAUAGUACUCAAAAAGACGACGAGCUCUCUAUGCAGCAGCGGAAACAGCAGCAACUGCAAUACCUCGAGUCGCAACAGGAAAGCAGGGAGACGGUGGUGCAAAAAGUGGGGAACUUGCACCUAGAAAAGCAACUCGAAGCCGAAUUACAAGAUCGGAUGCAGAUUUUCAGUGAUUGCAUGCAGCUGGAGAUGCAACUGGCAUCCGUUCCUAAUUCGAAAGAAGUACAGGGGGAUGAAAAUAAACCUGCGGGUGGAAAAGGAAAACAAGAUCAAGAAAAAGACCCGUCUAGUACUUCAUCUUCGCCAUUAUCCUC